UCUUCCUGUUUCUUUCUCUUGCAGUCUGAGUUUCUUUUUUCUUUUUUUGCAUUUGAGAAUUGUAUUCCACAUGUUUAACAGCCACAACUGUCACUGUGCUUGUCUUGGUGGUGGGACCUCUGUCUGGGACCUGAGGGAUUCCACAUUGUGGUUCCUAAUUUUAAUGAGAUUGCUCUCAAGGCUACUGGCCUUUUACAACACGGCUCUUAUCUUGCUGAAUGAUUGGAGAAUCUAUCACCAGGUUUGGGCAUUAUUUAUAGGAUGUUUUAGGAAAAAGAUGAAACAGAUUUUCUGAAAAAGCAGAAAAUCUCUCUCAACAUGGAUUUGGAAAUUACGUAUGCUGAAGUGAGGUUCAAAACUGAAUCGAAGUCCUCAGGCACCACCUCAUUGUCUCCAGAUGCUUCCAAAAAGAAGAUCACCUCUCACCAAAGUAAUAUUGGUUUUCCCAAGCUGUUACUCAUCACAUUAUUGAUACUGUUCCUACUUUUGGUGAUCUUAUUCCUUGUUGCUUUCAUCAUUAUCUUUCAUAAAUAUUCUCAACUUCUUCAAGAAAAGAAGAUUCCCAUAGAAAGCUCAAAAACGCACCAAGAACUGGAGUGCAUAAAAACUAAUUCAACCACAAAAGGGAAAAUCUGGAGCUGUUGUCCAAAGAACUGGAAAUCAUUUAGUGUCCAUUGUUACUUGUUUUCUAAUGACUUUAAAACCUGGAAUGAAAGUGCAGAGAACUGCUAUAGAAUGGAGGCUCACCUGGUGGUGAUCAACUCCAAGGAAGAACAGGAUUUCAUCAUCCAGAAUCUGAAAAUAAUCUCUGCCUAUGUGGGACUGUCAGAUCCAGAGGGUCAGAAACAAUGGCAAUGGGUUGACCACUCACCGUACAAUGAAACUGCCGCAUUCUGGUUUCGAAAACAGCCCAAAAACAGUUUGGGGCGUUGUGUUAUUCUAACCCUAUCGUUUGGUGAAUGGGGUUGGAAUAAUAUUUCUUGUCAUACUAAAAAACGUUCAGUUUGUGAGAUGAUGAAGAUCUAUUUAUGAAUCAAAUAUUCUUCAAGGACAAGUGGUUGGAUUGCCAUCCAUCAUUAUCUUGAGAGCUAAUACAUUCUGAUUUAUUUGUUAGAGAUAUCAUAGAAUUUUGGGAUAGUAGUCAAGUACUGCACAGAUGAGAAAAUUGAUUCACAUAUUUAUUUGCUUGUUAAUUAAUUUUCUUAUCAUAAAAUAAACACUUAUUGAAUAUUUUCCAUGUCCCAUAGACUAUAGUGGAGAUCCAUUUUGUGCGCAUGUAUGUGGAAGCCUUCUAUAUUACUUGAUUGUGAAGGGUUUAUUUACUGAUAAUAUUAUGCAAUGUAAUUCCUCUACUUGGCAGAAUUUCUUUCUCUUUUUUCUCACUUUGUCAUGAUUGAUGCGUAACAGACAAACAAAAUUGUAUAUAUUUAAGUUAUACUGUAAUGUAAUGACUUGAUAGACAUAUAUAUUAUGAAAUGGUUAUUACAAUCAAAUUUGUUAAAACAUCCAUUAUCUAACAUAGUUAGCAUUUUUGUGCACUGAGAUUUAAGAUUGCCACAGGCAUACUAAAAUCAUGUAAUAUUUGACUAUAGUCAUUAUGCUGCAUGUUAAUUUCUUAGAACUUAAUGAUCUGUUAGCUGAAUGUUAAUAUUGUUUGAACAUCUCCCUUUUCCCCAUACCUCUUAGCUUCUUUUAAGCACUGUACUUUUUGAUGUUAUUUUGUUGAUUUUUCUAUGGUCUGUAUAUAAGUGGAUCAUGUAAUACUCAUCACUCUGUUUAUAUAUCUCACUGUCUAAUGUUGAUCUGCUAUAUUCAUCCAUAUUGUUGCAAAUGAUCGUGUAGCCAUUUUAUGGUAAAAUAUAUAUAUAUAUAUAGUGUCUAUUUGAGUUAAAAUAUAUUUUCAUAUUUUCUUUACCAAUUCACCUAUGAACAAAUUGUUUUCAUGUGCCCACCUUUGCAAAAAAUAUUGUAAUUAACGUGAGAGUAAAGAUGGAUCUAAAUAGUGCUUUUAUUAUUUUUGACAUAUUCCCCAAAGUGAAAUUGUUGGAAGAUAUGGUAAUUGCAUUUUUUUGAGAAUCUUUUAUGUUCUUUUACGUAAUGUUUUUACCAUUUUACUGUCAAACUGAUAUAGGGGAAUGAAACUUCCAAACUACUGGACAGCCAGUAUGAGUUCAUGUUCUCUAAAAUCGAAGAAUGAAUUUUAAGAACAACCAAGGUUAAGAGCAGAACAUAUUUAUUGAGAGAAAGAAAGCUUUUGUCUGAGAGAGAGACAAAAGGGGUCCUGCACAGGUGGCCAAAGACUUUUUUUACAGGAACUUUUAUAGAGUAAAACCACAAAGUGAGGCAGGUUUAAGAUGGGGAAAAUAUGGGAACUUGCAAAGUAAGAGGGCAUUAAGUGGGACAGAAUUAUGGUCAAUCAGUAGGAUUAAUUAUUCAGGUAAAAUUGAUUAAAUUGGGGACAACUAGGGAAGUAAGUCACUUAGCAAGAAGGCAUGCUUAAAGAACAGUGACUGUAGGGGGUUGAGAUUGUGACUCUUGGCUUCUUCAGGAUGACAGAGACCUAUUUAGAAUAUGAAUCUUUAGGAUGUGGGUGCAUUUGUUUGAUCUUUUGUUUUGAAAUGUAGCCCACAGCAGGAGUUCUGUGUCUCCCCAACAGUUGCAAGGUAUUUGGUCUUCUGCACUGGUUCCUUCCAGGACCUAGCUCAAUCUGACUGUCUAUAAUAUUUCUAUCUAAAUUAGUUGCCUGUAAUAAAACCAAUAGUGCACAAGGUUUCCUUUUUAUUCCUAUCUUGUGAAUCCUUGACCACUCAUGUGCUUAAAAUACCAGUCAUUCUAGCAGAUGAGCAGUUAUAUUGCUUUUUGUUUGCUAUGGUUCAGAUCUGAUGUGGCCUCCAAUAGUAUAGUAUAGUAGAAACCUGGUUCUUGGUGUAGUGGCAUCUUGAGUCACUGGCAGCAUUGUAAAUGAAAUCCUCAGAGGCAUUAAGGUGAUAUUUCUGAGACUCUGAGUGGGAUUGUCUUUAAUUAAUUUCUAUAUCAGUGUUGUAUAGCAGUCUCUGUAAAUUUUUGGUUUUGAUUACAGUUACUACUAAGGAUUUUCUUGUAUUUGAUUCUCUUAUAAAUCAGAUGGGAUUUUUUCAGAUAGUUUGCGCUAAAGUAUGUAGAGACAAUUGAAUUGUUAAUAUCUAUUUGUAUCAUCCAACUCUAAUAAACUUAUUAUCUACUAUUUCUCUCUCUCUCUCUCUCUCUCUCUCUCUUUCUCUCUCUCUCUCUGUAUGUAGUCUUUCUAGCUUUCUUUGCACAAGAUGAUGUCAUUUUCAAACAUUCACAAUUUUACCUCCUCCUUUCUUCUUACUUGGGGACUUUUUCCUGAUUUUUUUCCCCUUGUCUGUUGAGGACAUCCAAAUGUAUGUGGAAUUAACUUGUUAUUCCUUAUUCUUUUGGUGAGAUUUAUACUUUUUACAGUUCAAAAUAAUAUGACCCUGUUAUACUAUAACCCUUUCUCUGUUGAGAUCUGUGAUAGAACUGUGGAAGGGAGGAAGAGGAGGAGGAGGAGGACUGGCGGCGGCUGAAAAGAUAAGAAGUAUAAAAUAUAAGUAACCUUUAUUUUGGGAAUGCGGGGAGAGACACCCCUGACCCCCUGGGGCAUGGCAUCUCCACCCCUGGCCGGUGAUCUCUCCCGUGGACACGUGGCGUGGGAGAAUAUAAGUAGCCUAAGCUUAGGGCAGUGCCCUAAGGCCAUUAGAGAUACACAGGUAUUUCGUUGGCACACGUUUGGCGCCAGGGGCAGGUUUCGAAGGGUGGGGGGUAUAGGGUUACAGGUAAAUCUCUAGGGGCGGGGGAGGCAGGAGCUCCCUAAUUCUGGCUGAGGCUUUUCUGGCUACAGUGUCUGGUCUGGGCCAGCAACCCUUUCAAUCUGUUCCCUCAACGCCUAUUUUUCUGAAAUUAUUCAUCAUCAGUAUUUUAAACUUUGUUAAGUACUUUUCCUUACCUACUGAAUUUGUAUCAUAUGGAUUUUUAUUUUUUAUCAGGUUAACCUAGUAUACUCUAUUGGUUGAUAUCUGAAUCAUUCUUGCAUCCCAAUGACAAAUCUCAUUGCCCGGUCUGAUCCUUUUGACCAGUGUUAAAAUCAGUUUUUUCAUAUUUUGUUGUGGACUUUUGCAUUUACAUUUCAGAGAUAGCUACUUGUAGUUUUCUUCUCUUCUGGUAUCCAUAUUUGACAUUGGUAUUUGUGUAAUGUUGACUUUUUAAAAAGAAUUUUAAUGUUUAAUGGAAAUGAUCUCAUCUUUUAAUUUUUUGAAGAGUCUGAAAUGGAAUGAACUUGAUUUUUCUGAAUUAUUUUAGUUCAUUGAAGAAUCCAUCUCUCUUUAGGCAUUACUUUUCUUACAGUUUUGUUUAUAGAUUCAAACUCCUAACUCACUGUUUCUUCAUAUUGUAUUUUUUUAUCUUUAAGCAGGAUUCUUCUAGGGAUUUAUUCAUAUCUUCUUGGUUAUUCAUUUGUUGAUCUAUCAUUAUUCACAGUUAAUAUAUAAUUAUUCACAUAAUUAACUGUUGUCAUAAUUGUUUUGUCAAGUUCAAUAAGGAACACGCAACUGAAUGGCUUACCAUAGCUCUGAGUAUUACCAGAUGGGUUUACUGAAGAUAAAAGACCCACUCUGGGUGUGAGUGGCACUAACGAAAAGGUUGCAGUAUAAAUGGGAUAAUUUGAAAGAGCAUAAGAAAGCCUGCCUUUUGUUUCUAUAGAGGAAUUCUGGUCUUUGCACUUGCCUUAGAUAUCUGUUUUCUGGCCUCCAGCACAGACUCUUUAGCAUACCUUCAGCUUCUUGGAACAGACUUGCACAGGAUUCUAAAAUAACUGCAGGCCUUCAACUUUUGACUGGAUCUUUUGGGUCACCAUUUACAGAUGAUGUUCUUGCAAUCUUCCACAACUGAUUUUGUGCAAAGACAUUGGCUAUAUAUAAUCUGCUUCUCUAAUGAACACUGACUGAUACAGAUUUUGAUACUAGAAGUUGACUCUAGAAGAAUAGAAUUGUAAAGAUAAAAUUCUUAAUGGCUUCAGUUGUUCCUGGAUUGGAUCUCUAACCAGAUGAUACUUAAAGCUGCCAUGAUCUCUCUCUCUCUCUCUCUCUCUCUCUCUCUCUCUCUCUCUCUCUCUCUCUUUUCUUUUUUACCGAUAUCAGGGAUCGAACUGACGACUGCCUGCUUGCAAGGCAGGCACUUAUGCCGCUGAGCUAAAUCCCCAGCCCCGCUAUGAUCUCUUGUUAUAUUGCAAUAUUUUGUAGAGUGUAAAUAGGCCAUGAUGAGAACUGUUUAAAAUAAUGUGCAUUGUUGAACCACUUAAUCAUCCUAAUUCACCACUCGUGAGAUACAAGGAAUUUAGUGUCUCCAUACAGGAUACUUUUUAAUAUUUUUAGCAGAAUUCAAAAUAUAGUGAUGCUGGAUAGAAUCUGUGAACUUAUAGCAUCUGUGAACAAAUUACUAAAAGAAAACAAUGAGCUCAAAGCAGCCAUAAAAAAAUCUAAAAUGUCUUCUGAGCACGAACAUAAAUUAAUAAAUGAAAAUAAGGAGCUCAAAGUUUCAGAUUCUCAUUUCCAGUUUACAUAAAUAAUCUAAAAUUUUCUGUUUCCUGAAAGAGAAUGUUCUAUCCUUUACGAGCCAGGCUGAGAUUGCAAAAGCUUAAACAGAAGCCCUUGAAAUUUAAUUGGCUGAAAUACAGCAUAAAUUUGAUGCUCAGCCUCAAAGCAUAGCUGAAGUAAACCUGAGAUCUCUGCUUAGAAAUGAAUGAGAUUCUGUAAAUCAGAAUGAGGAUGUUUGCGGGGACACUGACAAGGUGAGGGAGACUGAGCUCCUGGAAUCUAAUGAAAUUAUUUUGCUAAUGAAAGAGAAUUCCCACCCACAAUGGCAGAAGCCAUCCCCCUUCGCUGUGCUGCCCUUACAUGAGGAAAGGAAUCUCAUUUUGCAUGAUACUGUUAAGAAGCAUGACAAUGGGCCCACUCUCACCACCUACUUUUGUUACUUGUCCUAUAACUAGGCUUAAAUCUCAAAAAUCUCCUAAAAUGAGUGUGGCUCAUGAGAUCUACUCUUCUUCGAAAGAGCAUCUUGAGUUUUCCAGCUGUCUUAAGCAAAUACCUGAUGAGCAAGUAGGGGAAUGUAUUUUAAGGCUAUGGGAUAAUGAUAUGGAAAAUAUUCACUGGCAUCAGGCUGAAUUUGUUGAUACGGACCCGUUGUUACGGAUCAUGAAUUCAAUGCUGCAGCUCAGGGAGUUAAAAAAAGGUGUUAACAAUUUAUUUGACUCUGAAAAAGUAUAGAUCAAAAAGAUGGCCUUAUAUUGUGUGGCAUGCGGAGGAGGGACUAGAAGUGUCCUCUAAUGACCUCCUGACUGCGUUCUUGCCCUCAUUGCAGUGAAAAAUGGCAAAGUGGGCUUCUGAGCAGAAAAUGGGGUGUCAGUACUGGUAUAGUGUAAAGCGAAAGUUUGUUUAAAGUGUGGUAAGUGCAGAGAAAGCAGAACAAGAGCUAGUUCAACAGCAGAUUAGUGCUGGAAGACGGGAACAUCCUGCUCAGGAUGCAUGAUGAAUAGGAGAGAAGUCUGUUCUUAUACAGGCAAACUGCUUUGUUGAUUGGUAUAGGCUAGGCCAGUUAGGAUCUUACCCACUAAGGGUCUAGGCCAAUUAGAGUUUCUGGGAUGAGGACAAGAUCAGCACACAAUAAAUGCAAGUAAUACUUUUAUAAAAGAUACAGUAGGGUGCUUUUAUUUCAAGCACAUGAUACAAAUAAGCAUGUGAUAAUUUUGUAAUUGUCAGCUAUAGAUAAGCUUGUGAUGCUAUUACAGUUAGUCAUCUGUGUUUUGCCUUGUGAUUUUCCAUGACCCUCUAAUUUGCUCCAACACUGUGAGUGAGUUAGAGAUACCUAAUAUUUCCUGGUUUGCUGUAGGUGAAAGUAUCCACACCAAGAUUAGGAAAAUGAGAAUGUCAGAGUAGAUUUGUUAUGUUAAACCUAAUCAGUGUGAAUACGGAGACGAUCCAGAAAAUCUACCCUUUACUUGAGGAAACAGAUUCAUGAAGGAAACACCAGGAUCCCUGAAGAGCUCUGUCUUAGUUUCUUUUCUUUUAUUACUGAGGCAAAAUUCCUGACACCCAAAGUUAAAGGGGAAAAGCAAGUGGCUUUAAGGCAGGAUGCCAAGGGCAACAGUUUAUGUCAGAGACAGCAAAAACAGAGAGAGGAUGGGGAGAGAGAGAGAGAGAGAGAGAGAGAGAGAGAGAGAGAGAGAAUGAACCAGCCUCUUUUUCUCUUUUUGUCCUUUGUAUUAUAUGCAGGCUACACAAUCUAGGCCAAGUGUAGCACUCGCACCCUUAAUCUCAGCACUGCACAGGAAAUCAUUCGCUUUAGAUUCAGCCACCUCCAAAAAACCACUAUGACUGUGUGAGACUUUGGAAGAAAAUCUAGACACAAACCAUAACAAGCUCUGUUAUUUUUUUUUUUUUUCUUCUCUGUAUGUCAGACUUUACAGCAGGUGCUGCAGUUAUUCAAUUGGAAAACUGAAGGACAAUGAAUUUAAGUGACUGUUGUAAUAGCUGGGUCAAUUGGCAUCACUGGACAACCAAAGACAAAGUGUAAUUCUUACCAUAAAGGAUAGCAUAAGUAGAAUAGUAAGCAAAAUGAUCUCACAUAUGUAGAUCUAGAGCACUGAAUAGUUAACUAUGGUGUCCCCAAAAGUGAAAGAGACUGAAACUACUAAAUUUUUAUGAGAUUUAUAUAAUCAGAAAAAUUUGAGGACAAAUAAAUAGAACCUUAUCUCAACUCAUAGUAUCAGAGAUUAAUUCAUUCAAUUCCUGGAUUUGAGCGUUUGCCUUGAAUGAAGGGAUAGCCAGAUCUUCUUGAAGUAGGACCUUAGAGUACCACCAAAAAUCUAUAACUUUAAUCUUUCUCUCAUUUUCCUCAAAGAGACCUUAGCUCUCCUACCCGGGUAAUUCUAUAUUGAGAAAUGAUCGCACAUUUUAGGGACUACUGGACAGUGAUUCUGAAUUAACAGUGAUUCCAGGGGAUCCAAAACAUCAUUAUGGCCCUGAAGUAACACUAGAGACAUACUGCGAUCAGGAGAUCAAUGGGCUUUUAGCAUAGGUCUGACUCAAAGUGGUUCCAGUAGGUCUCAGAGUGCAUCCUGUAAUUAUUUCCCAAGUUUUAAAAUGCAUAUUUUAGAUAGAUAUACUAAGUACUGGGCAGAACAUUCAUCUUGCUUCCCUAAGCUCUGAUGUGAUGGAUUUUACAGUAGGGAAGUCCAAAUGGAAGCCAUUAGAGUUACCUUUACCUGGAAAAAUUGUAAACCAAAAGCAAUAUCACAUUCCUCGAGGGACUGUAGCAAUUAGUGACACUCGAAAGGACUAGAAGGAUGCAGGGGUACUAGUUACCACCACCUCUCCAUUUAUUUAUCCUAUUUGUCCUGUGAAGAGAAUGGAUGGAUCUUGAACAAUGGCAGUAGAUUACUGUAAAAUGAAUUAAGCGGUGACUUUAAUUGCAGCAGCGGUACCAGAUGUGAUUUCCUUUCUUGAGAAAACUAACACAUCUUCUGGAACUUGAUGUGCAGCUGUCAAUUUGACAAAUGUCUUCUUCAAAGCUAUCCAUAAGCCUAUCAGAAACAAUUUUUUUUCAGUUCACAAGGCCAGCAAUACACUUUAACUGUCCUAUCUUAGGUUUAUACUAACUUGCUAGUCCUGUGUCAUAACUUAUUCACGGGGACUUUGAUUGCCUUUUCUCCCAUAAGGUAUCAUACUGGCCCACUACAUUCAUAAUAUCAUGCUUAUCAGUCCAAGUCUGCAGCACUAUGGAUUUAUUAGUAGAGCAUCUAGGAGCUAGAUGGUGGGAAAUAAAUCUGAAUAAAUUUCAAAGCCCUCUACCUCAGUGAAAUUUCUAGUAGUUCAGUGGUAUGGGCCACACAGAGAUAUCUCUUUUUACAUCUGGCUCUCCCUAUAACCAAAAUGAGACCAAUGCCUAGUGGGCCUAUUUGAAUAUUGGCAGCAGCAUACUCCACAUGUGAUUGUUUUAUUUCAGCCUACUUACUGGAAGGACUCAGAAACUGCAAGUUUUAAGUGGUUCCAGGAAAAGAAAAGGGUCUGCAACUGGUCCAAGCUACUAUGCAGGCUGUUUUACAACUGAAGCCAUAUGAUCCAGCAGAUCCAUUAGUAUUUGAAAUAUCAGUAACAUGUGGCAAUGCUGUUUAGAGUUUCUAACAGGCCCCAAAGGCAACAUGCAUUGCAGGACUUUAGAAUUUUGGAACAAGGCUCUGUCAAUGUUGGCAGGCACCUGCUUUCCCUUUGAAAAACUGCUUUUAGCCUGCUAUGCACCUUAAAGCAAACUCCAUAUAUGGUCAUAGGAUACCAUGUUACCAUGCACCUGAGCUGCCGAUCAUGAUGGACACUAUUUGAUCUACCAAUCCAUGCAGUUUGACAUGCACAUUAACUGUCCAUCACACACAACAGAAAUUACGAAAGUGAAAGGGGAGGAAACAUCUAAAAAUGGAAGGUGGCAGUCACUGUUAAUUCCCUACUUUUUGUUUCAAAGUCCUUUAUCAUUUUUAUGGUUUUGUUUUGAUUGGUUUUAUUAUGGUUUAUUUUGUUUGGCUGAUUAUCUUAAAAUAAAAAAUAUUAAAAAAAAAACUAAACAGAAGCUCAUCUUGAAAUGGAAAUGGUACAUACAUAAUUGAUCCAGAGCAGGUCUAGAGGUGACAAGAAAGUUACAUGAAGUAGCUGCCUAAAUACCCAUGAUUCCUAUCCCUGCUCUAUUGCCUAGGAUCUCACUGAAUGCAUCUAUGACUUCAUAGUAUACUGUAUGAUCAGCGGACAAAGAGAAGGCUACAUUCUGGUUUAUGGAUGAUUCUGAACAUCACGAAAGGCCCACCCAAAA